UGUGUUUAUUGGCCGAUUGCAGUUCGGUCCUCUGUGACAAGGGAAGGCAUGCAUUUGAAUGAGCGUCUUCAUUCAAGUUUUAAAGUGACUUUGACAGGCAAAGUGAAGAGAGUGAGCUGUAUUAUUUAACAAUAUAUCAAGAUAUUUAUUUAGCAAAUAAUACUAGUUCGUUUUUUUCUCACCACACUGCAAUCUGUCAACUCGAUAUUUAAUAGUACAAAAAAAAAUGACAGCCAGACACCGGAAAGGAAAAAGCAAUCACAGCCAUGAGGAUAACUCAUCCAGCCACAGUGCUGUGGAGCCGGAGCCGCAGGGAGGAGGAGGAGGCAGUCACAGCGGGUCGGUGUGCGUUUUAUUCCUGCUCUUCGUGGUUGGCGGUUCUACCGCAGCUUGGUUCUGUUUCCAGCAGCACCAAACUGUAACUUCCCUGACAGACAGCGUCGAGCGCUUGCAGAGCAAACUCUCCCAGAUGGAGAAUGUCGGUGAACAGCUCCGAGAAGCGAACGAAAAGCUGUCCAGCAUUACGGACUACGAGCAGAGGCUGAGCGGUCUGGAAGAGACUCACAUCCUGAUAGAAAAGCGCAUCAGCAAGGCAACGGUCACCAUGGACCACGCCCUGACUUCUGACCUGCCCAGUAAACUGUCCACCCUGCAGGCACAGAUAAAGACGGGCCUGGAUGAAUUAAAGGAAGCUGCAGCACCCAAAGAGGAGCUGCGGAAAAUCCAGGACCUUCUAGAGCUUCUCAAGACCACCGAGCUGGAAUUGCUGCAUCGGCAGCUCAACGGCAUCAUGCAUACGAGCUCCGAACUGAGAGGAAACGUCGACUCCUUGUCUAGUACUGUCACUGGGUACAGGGGGAGGGUGGGCGGUCUGGAGGAGUCUGCCAUAACUCACAGCCUGGCGCUUGAGGAGGUCCGAGAGGAAGCUGCAAAGCUGGACAAGACCCUUCAGGCUCUCGCUGGCAGUGCUGUGGAAAUGGAGGCCAAGCUUGACCGCCAUGCCGAGCUGCUGAGCGCCCUGACGUCUCAAUUGGAGGAGCAGGGGAAGGAAGUCCUGUCGCUGAAGGAGUCUGAAGCCAAUCAGAGGGAAGAGAUGGUUAAAAGCGAACAGGAACUGGCUAAUGUCAGGAAGGUGGUGCAGGUUGCUCAGGCUCAGAGAGCCUCCCUGGAUGAGGAGCUGAACUCCAUUCGCCAGGAGCUGAAGGACCAGAGUAGGCAAACCCAGAACCGGAACACAGAGCUGGGAUCCUCGCUCGAGGCUGCCCAAGCCCGAAUCGACACGCUUGAGAGUCUUCCCCAGGCUAGCCAGCAGGGGGAGAUACAGAGUGUCAAACAGGCACUGGAGCAGCUGGAGAGCAGACUGAGUGAGACUGUGCGGCACUGUUUUUCAGGGGAAGUGGAGGCUCGCUGUGGGGAGGAGUGCACCUGGCCCUUGCUGAGAUCAGUCUCCUUCCCCGAGCCUGUGGCCAGGCUGCCCGUCAUCACUGUGGGACUCGCUCAAGCCAGCCUGGGGGUGACGGUCAAGGUCUCGGAUCACGGUCACUUUGGCUUCACUGUGCAGAUUGACAGGGUAGGGGAGCCUGGCCCCACCAGUGCCAUGGUCAACUGGAUGGCGUGUGCCUAAACGGUGAGGCACAGGUGAAGGUCACAGUGAGGUGAACACCCUGGCUGCUUUGGUUGUUAGCUAUGCAAACAGGGAGGGAAAUGUUCCACUUUAUUUUUAUGUUUACUGGCAGCUGUCUAGACUCCCACGGUUCACAGGACAGGAAAUGUCUUUUGUUUGGUCAAAGGCACACAUGCAAAGCAGCAUUUUCUUCCUCUGUGCAGCCUAUGUAAUAAAGGCUUUAUUGAUUUUUUUUUGCUGCACUCUUUGUAACAAAGAAGGGUAACACAAAGAAAGAUCUUGGAUAUGUUUUUUCAGCUAGUAUUCUGCUAUGCCCUGGUCAUAAAACUUUUCUUUAAGUACUACUAGCUUUCCAUUGAAAAAUCACAGGAUGGAACCAUUUGAAAUUCAUUCAUUAAACACCAGAGGGAGCCACUGCUGUAAAGAACACAUGGGAUCGGGAAAGCAUUUUUUAAUAGAUUUGUAUUUAUUUAUACUUUUUUUUUUUUUUUUUU